UUUCCAUCACAAGUAUGGCUCCGAAGAAACCGUCUGAGAAGCCCGCGGGCCAACCGGCCGAGAAAAAAGAGAAGAAACCUGCAGCCGCUGCUUCGGCAGCGUCGGGUUCCAAGCCUGCUGCAGCUGAAAAGAAACCAGCCCCCGAGAAAAAACCGGCUGCUGAGAAGAAAGCACCAGCCCCUGAGAAGAAGGCCGCGGCACCUGAAAAGAAACCUGCCGCUGAGAAGAAGGCUGCUCCCGAAAAGAAACCGGCAGCUGCUGAGAAGAAAGCUGCCCCGGAAAAGAAGCCAGCCGAGAAGAAAUCCGCUGAAAAACGUCCUGCUCCAGCCGAAACUAAAGCACCGGCUCCGGAAAAGAAGAAGGCUACUGAGAGCAAAAAGACUCCAGCGGCUGCCCCUAAGCCCGAGGCGAAAAAGGAUGCUAAGAAGGGAGCUACUGCUGCUGCGGCUGGUUCUGCAGGAGCCGCGAAGAAACCGGCUGCUGCAGGAGGAGCCAAGAAGUCAGCUGCUGCAACUGCCGCUUCUGCCAAGAAGGCUGCCGAUGCUGCUGCCAAGGCAAAGAAAACCGCUGCCGGUGAUAAGAAGGCUGCGGCCAAAAAGCCUGCAGUCAAGAAACCGGCUGCCAAGAAGGGAGCACCUGCCGCCAAGAAACCUGGUACUGCUACCGCUAAGAAGGCAACAACCACUGGUAAGAAACCAGUAGCCGGUAAGAAGCCAGUUGCUGGAAAGGGUGCUGCCGGUAAGAAACCGGUUGCCAAGAAGCCUGCUGCUGCCAAAGGCGACAAGAAGGCCGUCGAAGCUAAGGUUCAGAAGGGAGCAGCCAAAGCUCGUGCUGCCGCUCUGCUGAGGGCCAAGCGUACCAAGACUAAGGUCGUCAAGGGACCGUUUGGAACUGCACUGCGGAAAAUCCGCACCACGGUUAAGUUCCGUCGGCCACGCACCUUGAAGUUGCCGCGUAACCCCAAGUUCCCCAGGAAGUCAGUCCCAACCCGCAGCCGUAUGGAUGCGUACAACAUCAUCAAAUACCCACUGACAACCGAAGCGGCGAUGAAGAAAAUCGAGGACAACAACACGCUGGUGUUCCUGAUCCAUCUGCGUGCUAACAAGAACCACGUUAAAGCCGCCGUUAAGAAGCUUUACGACAUUAAGGUGUCCAAGAUUAACACCUUGGUGCGACCGGACGGCAAGAAGAAGGCGUACGUGCGGCUGGCUCGGGACUACGAUGCAUUGGAUAUCGCCAACAAGAUCGGUAUCAUCUAAAUGCAGUUUUUGUUUUGCUUUUGCUAUUGAUAAGUUCUGACUGCCGAGAGCGGUCGGAAACGUAAAAUAAUAUUCCAAACUCAAGAAGCGAGAUGAAAGUGCUGAGUUUUGCGCGAAGUAAGAAAAAUAUAAGAUUUACAAAAAUCA